GCGACAAGCGAGACAAAAAGUUUACUUCAAACUACUUCAAGUGUUAUUCAACACACCCCAAUAUCGCCUAUACCAGAAUUUACCACAUUUGCAGCAGUUACGCUUUCUUCAAGGAGCGAGAUCAGUGCUUCCUCAGCAAGUAGCGGGGUGGCUGACUUGUCAGUCAUUGCGAACCUUCUACCAAACACAGGUGAGACUAACUAAUUCUUCAGUUUAGUAUUCUAUUUUUCUUUUUGGAAGUCAUAAGUUUUUUUCAUUGCCUGAGCGAAGGAAAGGCAAAAGGGUAUUCCUCAGCUGUCUCAUACUUUUUCUCUCUUACCAAGCGUUACGAGUUUUGAAAAUUAAUUCAACCGACUGUCUGAGAUAAACGCAUUUAAAGAGUGAAGAAAAUAUGAUUGAAGUUUUAAAGUCAGAAGAAAAUCCUCAUUUGUAUAAGAUAUUGCUUGAAAUGAAUUCUCCGCGCUCUGUAGUAAAUAAGUACUAUGAAUAAAGACUGAACAGAUGAAAAAAAAAACUACGGAUCUGGCGCUUCAUAACCUGGUUCCCCUUCAAACGUGAAGCGAAAGUUUAUCUCUUCUCCACAAAUUUCUAAAGGCGUAAAGCAAAACCUAGAGGCUGUAGACUUCCCCAUUUGAUAAAAAAAAUAAUCCUGGAAAGGAAAUGAAUGGGUGAGGAAUGGGCUCUUCGUUGUCAUAGAGCCUCUUUCACCGAAAGAGCUUUUAAUGGUCUAUAGGUUUCCCCAAACUGACCAGCAGAUCUUAAAAAAAGUAUGGGUAACCUGCGUUUGACUAGUAACAUCCCAUCCAGGGGCCGGGAGGGGGAAACAUUCCUAUCCAAUCUCUGUCAUAGAUAUUGCACCAAACAUUUGACGAGCUUAUUUCAGCAUACAUGAUUUUCCAGUGCUACUGUCAGUUUCUUUUUGUAACGAGCAUCUUACCCUUAAGUUCAGCUAUGACUUAGCAACUAAUUUUGUAUGUCAUAACCUUAGAAUCCAAAUGGUCUCGUUGGAGCCCUUGGAGUGACUGUACUAAGACAUGUGGCACUGGUACACGAUAUCGAAACAGAGCGUGCGUUGCCAUCAAUGAUAGAGCAGUCUUUGCUCCAAUUUCUUGCGCUGGAAAAUCUGACCAGAUCAAAUUAUGCGCAGAAUGGAAAUGUCCAGGUAGGUGCAUCUUUCAACAAGAAUUGUCAAUCAUGCCUGGUUAGUGUGAAUUUUUGGUAAAGAAAGCUCAAAAUAUUUGAUGUGGGUGAGAGUAAAUUUCAUCAUGAAAAACUGAACAGAGGUAAUCAGAUGACCAAAUAGUCGAGGGAAGAGCCAGGAUGAACAGAAAGUGUUUUUUUUUCAGUAGAUUCGAAACGGUAUUUCCCAGAGCAAACAGCUGUCUUCGCCUGUCUUACUUUCAGAAAAUCUGUCUCGUGAGAUGUAUGUUCAAUAUCUUAUAUCUCAUCCGUUGUUUAGACUGCUCAAGAAACUGCACCAUUGGAACACUAAAUGCCGCCUGUGACGCAUGCACAUGCAUUCACCACGAGCUCAGUGGACGAGUCUUGACGGAAGAUGAUAUACCGCUCUCAGAUGCAAACAUAUCAUUAGCAGAGACACCUUACAACAUUAUUGCACAAACGAAUAUUAGCGGAUACUUUGCAACCCUGGGUGUUUGUGCAAUCCAACAAGAGCUGCUAAUUACUAAAGCAGGGUUUGUCCCCGUGAAAUUAAUGGCAAAUGUUACAACGCCAACAACUGUGAAUAUUUCGGCCAAAAUGGAAAUUGCAGGUAUGCGCUACUUCGUGUCAUCAUAGGUCCUAGGAAUGCACAAUGUCUAGCGUGUGUUCAUCCAAUAUCAGCCAAUCUGCGUUAGAAUUUAGCUACGUUAUAAUUUUGAAUACUGAACAACUCACACCUAUAUGUUGUGUUGACAUCCAAGUUUAGCUCUUUUCAUCAAGGUCCUGUUAACCCUCAGUUGAACUCUCAAGAUCUGAUUGAUAACCGGCUUCCCUUUAACUGCAACACAUUUCCUUGUAAAUUAGUUGGGAGAAUUUGGAGGAUGUAGGUAACAAUCUCUAGCUGAUUAUUUUUAAUUACUCUCGUCACCGGUUUGUUGGAUAAUGUAUAGAUAUUACAGGGAGAAGUUGCAUGUUAGUCACUUCUGGGAGUUAAAGGGUUAAUAGGACUCCGUAAGGAUUAGGGAAAAAGCAAAAGAAUUACGUCAAAGAACACAGGAGGGGAUAGAUACAGAGCAUCUCCAAAGUUGAAAAUGGAAAAUUUUUGGUGGAACUCUGUCCCAGCCUAGAGGCUUUCAAUGCUCCAUCUCACAGACACAAUACGCGACCUAACCUCAGCGAUUGGCAUAUGCAAUACACAUAUAAUUGAUUAUCACUUGAUUUCUUAGCAAAAUGUCUUCUAUAUUUUUUUAUGAUACAGUUUAAUUCUAACGCACGCUCUUAUUGGCCACUAUUUUAUGAAAAAAAAAAUAGUUCAUAGAGAUGGUUCAGGCUGACGUCAUUGUACAGAAUAAGCGAUUUUUCGGCGUGAAAAAUAUCUCGUUAUGUUAUAAAAGCAAUGGACAACGUCUAGCGUGCGUCCAUCCAAUUUGAAAUGCAUUUGGAUAGUUGAAAGAGCACUUUGGUAGCUACUGCUGCCGUACCUCGAGCAUCUCUUACGCUACCUUCGUGUUCUCUCAACUAUCCGUGUGCAUCCCGAAUCGGAUGGACGCACGCUAGACGUUGUCCUUUCCCUAAGACUUCUUUCUGGGCGGAACUUUCCAUGCUAUCAUUCAACGAAUACACUGUUGUUCUCCAUCUUUCUGAGUCUUUUUACAGUUUCUGCAGGUGUUCUUUCGUUUUUUUUUCUCUUGAAGUCGCACCAUUUGUAACAGUCCAUCCAGAAAGCAAGAUGCGCAUGCCUGGUCAGAGUGUCACAUUCUGCUGUGAAGGCGAAGGAAAUCCUCCUCCAGAAAUUGAAUGGUAAGGAGGUUAAAUGACUUGGUGCAAUAUUUAACGAUAAUUUCAGUUUUUCAAAUGGCCUAUUAAUUUCUAUAUUACAUUCCGGGUUUUAAAGCAAUCCCUUUCACAAUAAUCAACGGGGUUAUAUCAGAUUUGGCGUUAUCAUACGUUUACUGCAACUUUCGUAUGUGUUUAGAGGGUGAAGCCGUAUAAACAACGUCAGGGAUUUGGAUGUUCGAACCAUGCUGUAGAAAUAAACUUAAAUUACAAGUUAUUAUGACUAUUGCCAUCGUUAUUACAAUCAUAGUCACAACUAUUAAUUAUCUUAACAGCAUCAUUAUUAUUGUUACUUUUAGUAUAUGAGGAUGUCUGGGAAUUUAGUCUGAUAGGACACCAAGCGAAACCUUUGUCGCUCUUUGACACUGAAAAAAUUAAUAAUUCUUUCAUCAUUAUCAUACCAUUUCUUAUCAAUUUUAUUAUAAUUAUUGCUAUCGUUAUUACCAUUUUUAUUUUUAUUACUGUUGCCAUUAUUGUUGGUAUUAUUAUAGGGGAGCUCGCAGAGCGCAGCCCCAUAAUUAUACAAAAUAAAAUAGUAGUAACCCAUCAAGCCGAAAAAAUUUGGAUGUACGACCGUAUGACCGUAUGACCGUAUGACCGUACGACCGUACGACCGUACAAGGUGCUACUUUUAACAUGCGUGGUCAACUGUACCGCGGGCACGCCAAUGCCACGGUUUUGUCCAGUAGUCCAGUGGUCAGUGCACUGGGCUCCGAGUCGGACGACCCGGUCAACAGUCAAUUGAUAACAAGUUAGGGUGAAUGUUAGGUUAGGGGAGGGGUAGGUGGGCAGUUGCCCAGAUACUGAUAUUGAUCCUAACAUUGUAUGUAGUUUUAUCCUAGGUGGGCAUCGUUAAAUAUUUUUUCUUUUCACUUUUCUCUGUUAGGUUUAAGGAAAACAACGUCAUCGAUAAAAGCCUCUAUAACUACAACAAUACUCUUGAAAUCAACGACGUUCAGGGUCUGAAUGGAACUUUCCGUUGUCGAGCCAUUAAUCAAUUUGGUUCAGAGUUUUCAAGCGUUGCUGAAUUAAAAGUUUUAGGUAAGACUCAUUUUUACUGAACUUUAAAAAAAAUGGUUUUUAAUGAUAAUAUGAUAAUAACAUAAGGGUAAUACUUAGUGCUAGGGACAGAAGAGACAGAUACUCGACUUCCGAUUACUCCUAUAAUCGCGACUAUCUUAAACGAAAAGCUCUCUUGCUUAAAUUGUUCCAUUUUCACCUGACAAUGCCAUUAGAUAAUUAGACUGAAUUCGGUAAAACUUUACAACGAUCAAGAAGAGAAAUACAGUAAACAACCCUUCUUUUUAAUUUCCAGUCAUGCCUCGUAAACCUUCUAAACCCCCUUAAGAUUUUGAAUCAUAGGAAGUCUUCUGUACAUUUAUUCUAUCACUAUCGUAAGGGUAGAAUUCAAAGCCGUUUCCGCCUUCAUCUUUCCAGGAAAAAAUGCUGAGAAAAAGUUAGACUUCAGCAAAUGUUCACUCAUGUCUCCAAGGCAACAAAAUGAUUUAUAUUUCUCAGACGGAUGAAAUGAUUUCUUAGAGUUACACUUUACAUUUUUCAGUAUUACCCCGAGAUGAUUCAAUGAGAGGGGAUUAGUAUCCUAUUGAACAGACUCAUCAGUUCAGUUAAAAAAGUACCCUAAUUUUGAAGCUCUUUGAUUACCAACGAUUUGAGUGCUUGAAAUCUGACUUGUUUCAGCUUCUACCCAGUAAAUAAGUCAUAUUCAUUUGUUUUCUGACCUUAGAAAAUUCUGAGGACUCUUGCCCUUCGAUACCAAGUUUAAAUGAUUUGACUCUACCACCUGGUUGUUUAGUUAAUGGUACAAACUCCACCAUAGUGAAUGUCGGCGAGUGUGAGCCUACUGCAUGUGUAAAGAGAGGUGUUAACUUCAGCUCUUCAUGUUCGGAUCCUCCCUUUUGCUGUGGUCCUCUCCUUUUUGAAAGUGUUUCAGUUAAAUGCGCCGCCAUGUCGUUCGACUUAUCUGUGGUAAAGAGGUGUGGCUGUGGAAAAUGCACCGAAAAACAGACUAUUAUCGGUGGUGUUGCUGUCGGUCAGAAUGGCAAUCCAGCCAUUUUAGUAGACUUGUUUUUCAGAGGAAAAUCUGUAGGUAAUACCAAUGCUGAGGGGAAGUUUUCAUUUCCCGUUCCAGAAACUACGAAAAGAGCGAUUGUGACCUUCAAAGACCAGAAACGAAAAAAAUUUGUGGAAGAGGAUAAAAUUUUUGUAGUAAAAAAGGGCCAAACAGCUAUUUAUACUGUAAAACUAAGAGAAAAACCAGCGCCCGUUACGUUUAAUGCCUCCGAACCCCUCGAUGUAGCGCUGGGUAGUGAUUCUUCUGAUAGUUUUGCUGAUCUUGAGCUGCCUGAAAACGCCCUGUUGACUGAAGAUGGUUCUGUUUUCAGUGGAAUAGCUAAGGCCACCGUUAGUGUCACUGAUCCUCGUAACCAAUCGGAUAUUGAGUCUGCUCCAGGAGAUUUUAGCUCAAUGAGUGAGGAUGGUGAGGAGGAACUACUUCAAACGUUCGGUAUGAUAAAGCUUGAUUUGGAAGAUGACAGUGGGAAACCGCUUACUAUGUCUAAACCUAUGAAAGUGUACCUGGAUUCAGAAAAGCUCAAUUCAUCUGUGUCAGAUGGAAAUGUCUCCAUCAAACUUUACUGGCUCGACAAAAAAACAGGACGAUGGAGGGAGGCCGGUGAAUUUAUGCUCGAGGAUGGAAAAAACCGAAGAAGAAAGCGUUCCGAUGUUAAGCGGACGUUCCUAGUAAUAAAUGUGACCCCUUCCUUGGUAAAGCGUGAUCUGAACUUUGAUACCCCAACGGCUCGAGUUGCUUUAAGAGUAACCAUUGCAAAAAAUUCAAAUAAUAGUGAUGCAAGUAAGGAUGUCCUAGUAAGAGUCAUUUGCCUAAACGGAUACUACAUGGAGGAAGUUACGCGCGACGACCGUUGGGCUUGCAUCGUGAUUCUAAGAGAUGCAGAUUGCUUCGUCCAGGCUUUAAAGGGAAAUGAUUUUUAUGAGCCUGCCAUAUCCUCCGAUAAUACACAGCAAAUAUUUAAGAAAGUUAAUGGAAGCAUAGUAACAAGCAAAGGCAACGGGAUUACAAUCAAAUCGUUUCGAUUUAGGAGCAAGCUAAACGAAAAUGAUCAUGAUGGACCAAUUUACUCUGUAAAACCAGCUGGAAAGGAAAAGUGCAAGGCCUCUCCAAACAGUUUGCAGGCGCCGCAAAAAAAAACAGCUCAGUUUGUAUUUAAAUCUCCGGAAUCUGUUCAGGCGACUUAUGAUCAACUUAUAUUCAAAGAUCAGUUAUCAGGCAAAUGGUCUUACAAUGACCAAAACUGUUUUAUCAGAGUCGUAUACAAAGGAAAAGAAGCAAUAUUCAUGGCAGCCAGUUAUCAGAAAGGAAACUUUGAUGAUGACACUGCGUAUGGCCAUCAUCUCAAGAUGUCAAAAAAGAAUUCAUCAAGCGGUUCAACUCAAGUUGUAUGCCUUCAGGUUCCAUGUCCUAUAUUUAGAGACCGUGAAUAUGUAUUUUUUCUUGUAACAUCUGUAAGCUCGACGGAUAACGUUGGCAUUGAAUUUAAAAAAUUAUCCCCUGUUAUACAAGGACAGCAAAGUUUCUCGUGUCGACAUAUGAAAACCUCUAAAAGUCCUUUUGAGAAGAGGUUCUGUAUUUCUCAUUGGCUAAGUAGCUUAAUAAGUUUCACAAAUUCAGCCGAAUGCUUUAAUAGUCACAGGGAUCAUAUAGAAUUUAAAUAA